AUGUCUGGAAAUGACUUCUUCAUCUCUCUUUUGAGUGGUGCUGCUGCUGGUACUUCAACUGAUCUUACAUUUUUCCCAAUAGAUACUGUCAAAACAAGGCUUCAGGCUAAAGGUGGAUUCUUCAAAAAUGGUGGGUACAAAGGUAUAUAUAGAGGUCUUGGUUCAGCCUUGAUUGCAUCUGCCCCAUCUGCAUCUCUAUUCUUUGUUACCUAUGAUACAAUGAAGGUCAAAUUACAACCCGUUAGUGAAAGCUACAUCAAAAGUAAAAAUUUAGCAACAACAGUGACACAUAUGGUCUCUGCAUCUUUAGGUGAGAUCUCAGCUUGUUUGGUGAGAGUCCCAGCUGAAGUCAUAAAACAACGUACUCAAACAUCUGUUGCAAAUUCAUCUUUAGAUACUUUCAAAAUACUUUUGAGAAACGACAACAAAGAAGGUUUAAUUAAGGGUUUCUAUAGAGGCUGGAGUACAACUAUUCUUAGAGAAAUCCCCUUCACAAUCAUACAAUUCCCAUUGUAUGAAUGGUUGAAGAAAACUUGGUCUACAAAACAAAACUCACCUGUUAACCCAAUUCAAGGUGCCCUUUGUGGUUCUUUAGCCGGAGGUGUUGCUGCUGCUUUAACAACUCCUUUAGAUGUCCUAAAGACCAGAAUAAUGUUGAAUGAAAAAAGAGUAUCUGUGAUAUAUCUUGCAAAGAUAAUUUUUAAAGAAGAAGGAUUCAAAGUCUUUUGGAAAGGUGUUGGUCCAAGAACCAUGUGGAUCAGUGCCGGUGGUGCAAUCUUUUUAGGAGUCUAUGAAACUGUUAGUUCCCUACUCACAGGUCUAAAACAUAAAGAAAAAUCAUGA